AAUUAGCUCAUGAUAAAAGGCAACUCUCUCUCUCUCCCCCCCAUUAUCAUUGCUUCCAAGCAACAAUUCCAUGAAUUCUCCCCAUUGAAUUGAAUCCAACAAACAAAUUUAGGGUUUCUUUUUUUGCUCUUAUCGCUCUCAGAUCUAUCCCUAUACAAUUCAAUUAUUCAGAUCGCCAGAUUCACUUUCUUAAUCUUUAUCAGGACAAAUUUGAAGCGGUGCAUUUUAAUUCAAGUUAUCGCAUUUAUCGAUUCGAAACGAAGUCCUUUUGUUUCACGUGUUAAGCACGUAAAUGUGCUGCUUCGAUUUCGACUUUUCACCUCCCUUGUAUAAUAACAGAUUGUGAAAUUGGCGCCGCAACGCAGAUCGCAGCGCCACGUGGGUGGCCAGAUGCAGCAGAGCAACGGGGCGGCUACUGCUGGUCUGUAUGAUCAGCAGCAGGGCAAUGCCAGCCCCGCUGCUGAUGCGGGAGAUGCUGUCAUGGCACGGUGGCUUCAGUCUGCCGGCUUGCAGCAUCUGGCCUCUCCAAUGGCAGCUUCUACCGGUGUGGAUCACCGACUCCUAAUUAUGCAGGGAUAUGGAGCUCAGUCUAUGGAAGAGAAACAGAGGCUUUUCAAAUUAAUGAGAAACCUCAACUUUAAUGGCGAAUCUGCAUCCGAGCCAUAUACUCCUACUGCUGAAAGUUCGGGAGGGAUCGGAGCAUCAGAUGGUUUCUACUCUCCUGAAUUCAGAGGAGACUUUGGUGCUGGGCUUCUGGAUCUGCAUUCUAUGGAUGACACAGAGCUCUUAUCUGAGCAUGUAAAUUCAGAACCAUUUGAGCCGUCACCUUUCAUGCCUGCGGCGAAUGGAGCAUUUGAUAGCAACUUUGAUGCCCCGACCCAUAGGCAACAAAAAGCACAACCAGAAGCUGAUAUUGCAGAUGGAUUGCCCAUAAUUGAAAAGGAAAGCAACGCAAGAGAAAACAAUGUGGCAAAGAUUAAAGUAGUGGUGCGGAAAAGACCUCUAAACAAGAAAGAAAUUUCUCGGAAGGAGGACGACAUCGUCACUGUAACAGACAAUGCUUGUCUCACUGUCCAUGAACCCAAACUAAAGGUGGAUUUGACUGCCUAUGUUGAGAAGCAUGAGUUCUGUUUUGAUGCUAUUCUAGAUGAGCACAUAACAAAUGAUGAGGUUUAUCGUGCCACCGUGGAACCAAUUAUUCCUACCAUCUUUCAGCGCACAAAAGCAACAUGUUUUGCUUAUGGCCAGACAGGUAGUGGUAAGACAUACACGAUGCAACCAUUGCCUCUCAGAGCUGCAGAUGAUCUUGUCAGAUUGUUGUAUCAGCCAAUUUAUCGUAAUCAGAAGUUCAAGUUGUGGCUCAGCUUUUUUGAGAUAUAUGGUGGGAAACUGUUCGAUCUUCUCAGCGAUAGAAAGUUAGUAUCCUUACCUGCAUUGAAAAUCUCUCUCUCCUUUGAAUGUCAAUAGAGUUUUAAGUGCGCU